AGGAAUGUAAUAAAGAAAUCUGCCUCCCUUUCAGAUAUGGAUCAAUGCAUCAAGUGUCCUGAAGAUCAGUAUCCAAAUAAGCAGAAGAAUUACUGUCUCCCGAAAAUUACAGCAUUUUUGUCCCAUGAGGAUACUCUGGGAGCUCUUUUGGUUUCCGUGGCCAUUAGUUUAUCUGCCUUUUCAGCCAUGAUUUUAGGAUUAUUUAUCCACUAUAGGGACACACCCACUGUCAGAGCAAAUAACAGAAAUCUCAGUUAUCUCCUCCUGGUUUCUCUAAUGCUCUGUUUCUUUUGCUCAUUAAUAUUCAUUGGCCAACCUAGCACAGUCACUUGUGUCUUGAGACAAAUGAUUUUUGGGGUUGUAUUUUCUGUUGCUGUGUCUGCUAUCUUGGCAAAGACUUUCAUUGUGGUUGUGGCCUUCAAAGCCAUCAAACCAGGAAGCACAUUACAAAUGUGGAUGGUGACCCGACUUUCAAAUGCUAUAGUCUGCUGUGGUUCCAUCAUUCAAGUGUGCAUCUGUGCAGUCUGGCUGGGAACAUAUCCCCCUUUCCCUGAUGUUGACAUGCACUCUGAGUUUGGGAAAAUCAUUCUCUGGUGUAACGAGGGGUCCACCCUUGCCUUCUAUUGUGUUCUGGGGUACUUGGGCUUUCUGGCCAGUCUCAGCUUGCUUAUUGCUUUUCUGGUGAGAAGGCUACCUGACAGNUUCAAUGAGGCCAAAACAAUCACAUUCAGCAUGCUGGUUUUCUGCACUGUGUGGAUUUCUUUUGUACCCACUUACCUGAGCUCCAAAGGUAAAACCAUGGUAGCUGUGGAAAUUGUUUCAAUUCUGACCUCCAGUUCUAUCUUACUGCUCUGUAUAUUUGUUCCCAAAUGCUAUGUGAUCCUACUGAGGUCAGGUGGUCAUUCUAGAAAGAAGUUUUUUAAAUGA